CGGCGGGGCCGGGCGGGCACAGCGGCGGCGGCGCCAUGAGGCCCGGGCAGGGGCACCGAGAUGUGCAGAGGAGUGAAUGCCCCAUGUUGUGUUAGUGCCUGUCUGCCAUGCUGGCCUGUCUGCCAGGACCAGGCGACCUCUCCUUUCAGCUUCUUUCUUACACGCAGAUGAACACUGGACUUCAGAAAUGGGACACUACACAGAAAAUGAGAUCUGCACAGUAUCCUACCCCAGCAGAAUUGGAUGCUUAUGCUAAGAAGGUCGCCAACAAUCCACUGACUAUAAAAAUCUUUCCAAACAGCGUCAAGGUUCCCCAGAGGAAACACAUACGCCGUACUGUGAACGGACUCGAUACUUCGGGCCAGAGGUACAGCCCCUACCCGUCUCAGGCCACCACAAAAACGGGCCUGCUGGCCAUAGUCAAAUCCCCAGCGAAAGGAAUCAUCAAGGACUUUGACGGGACGCGCGCGCGCCUGCUGCCGGAGGCGAUGAUGAACCCCCCCUCCACGCCGUACGUCGCACCAAGCACUUUAUCCCACCCGCAGGCGCUCGCUCGCCAGCAGGCUCUCCAGCAUGCACAGACUUUGCCGCACCCCCAGAGCAUCCCGCAGCACCCUCAGGGUAUUCCACAGCCACCCAGCUUACCGCACCCUCAGGGGAUCCCGCAGGCGCUGCCGCACCCGCAGAACGUGCAGCAGCCGCAGGGCUUGCAGCACCCUCAGACCGUGGCACACCAGACCCUGCAGCACCCCCCGAACCCGCUGCUGCAGCCGGGUUUACAUGGAGGCAGAAAGAUGCCGGAUGCAGACGCGCCGCCGAAUGUGACCGUGUCUACCUCAACCAUUCCCCUCUCUAUGGCUGCCACCCUGCAGCAGAACCAGCCACCAGACCUGAGCAGCAUUGUGCACCAGAUUAACCAGUUCUGCCAGGCCAGAGCUGGCAUUAGCACUACCUCAGUGUGUGAGGGACAGAUUGCAAACCCCAGCCCUAUAAGUCGCAACCUGCUUAUCAAUGCAAGUACCAGGGUAUCUACUCACAAUGUCCCUACACCCAUGCCUUCCUGUGUAGUAAACCCUGUUGACCAUGCUGCUGCUGCUAUUCCUCCUGCCUCUGUUAAUGUGCCCAUGGUCAAUGUUAACAGGGUGCCACCCGCCUACCAGAACGAAAUCAAAUCGGUUGCGUGGAACCAGCACCAGCUUGCACAUCUGCAGCAAAUGUGUGGGGAUGCUGCUGGGCCUGCUGGACUUGCAGGGAAACACCCUCAGAGAGAGAUUGCAGGGCAGAGUUUCCCUGGCAAAACCUCCAACUACCCUCAAGAACUGUGCAUGGGCCAGUCCUUCAGCUUGAAGCCCCCCAUCGAGAAGCCUACGCCUUCUCCGCCUGUGAACGGGUUGCAGGGACCUUUGCCAUAUACCAAUGGGCACUAUUUCCAGCCCCUCUGGAAUAACAUUCUGCCCACGCCCAACAGUGACAGCUCUGGGUCCCAGGACCUCGCCAUGCCUUUCCACGGGGGACAGCCAGCGGGAGCGCCGCUGGAUUGCGCAGGAGGAACUCAUUACAGAGCUGGAGCUGGCCCAUCCAGCCAGAAUAAUGUGAUGCAGACCAUGGAUUACCUAAGUGGGGACUUCCAGCAGUCCUGCUUCCGAGAUCAGAGCAUGGCUGUGCUGGGAAAAGUCCAUCGGCCUCCCAUGAACCGAGCACCUGAACCAACCGAUAGUCGAAAUCUUCAUAUUCAGCACCCAGGGUAUAGAUAGGCUGCAGUCACUUUCACAGACAAAAAAAAAAAAUUAUAGGUUUUAGUCUUAAUUUUAAUUAAUAAGCAAGGCGUUUUUAACUUGCAAACUUGUGUGAUCAUUAUAGUACCCAUUGGAAAAAACAUACUGUAUAUUUAAAGAGCUUUGCUUACAUGUUAUCUCUCUCCUUUAUGCAUCAAAUAUUUAACAUGCCUUUUGUGUCAAAGAAUUUCAUUACACUACUUCACUCCACAGCUGUUUCCUCACCGCAGAGUCCCCCUUUGUGCAGCUUUUUUUUUUUUUUUUUGGCCUUCUGCUGAGCAGCUCCUCACUGGACUGAGGUUGAGUUGCUGCAGGGUUUUGCAGCCACAUCUGUUCUCCAGCUCCAGCGAGAGCGAGGUAGUGUAGCUGCUUCCAUUUCCAUCUCAAUUUCCUCACAAGAUUAAGAGCAACAGAAUUUUGUCAGGGAGUAGGGCUUAUUUUCAACUUGAAAGCCCAUUUCAUUAAUGCAUUAAACAUUGACCAUUUGCACUGUCUAGAGGCCUGUGUAAUUGAAAAAGAGCCUACAUUUGAAAAGAGCCAGCUAGGGGUAUGUAUUUAGUCUUUAAUAGAGGGAGAAGCUUUUCAGCUGUUUCUUUCCCACUUGGACUUUGUUCAAAGUCAAGUCUCUGGCAGAUUUUUCUGACACUUUCUGUUUUCUGGACAGGGUAUGGAGGAGGGGAAUGGCAGAUUUGGGAUGCAGGCAGCCACGGGGAGCUGCCUUUCUCCGUGUUCCCCUUCCCCACUGCCCUUCCAUCAGCCUCAAAGCUCACGUUGUCUGAAUCCCUCGCUGCUAGGAGUCUGGCCACCUUCA